CGAACAGAUUGGUAUUUGAUCAAGUGCAGUGGACGACGGCGACGAUGGUGAAAGCGGUGGUCGGAGAAGAAAUCCAGCUCAAAUCCGUUGAAGACCGCCUCAGCCAUUCCCGUCUCUCCUGCCAGGUAGGGCUGGCGAUUGGGAAGAUAAGUACAAGUUUGGAUAGAGGUUUUGUGUUUGAUUUAGUCCCCACGCCGUUAAACGAUGCCGGAGAAGUAGCUUCUUGGAUCAUCGAGAGCAAAGAUGAUAAUAACAAUAAGAAGAAAGGAGGAUCAAAAUCCAAAACGCAAUCGGAUUCUUCUUCGUUUUUGUCCAUUGAUAAGGAUUGGGUCGCUGAACAUGCUCGUCAGGUUUCAAGAAUGUUAGUUGGUGGCAUGAAGGUAGUUGGCAUCUACAUAUGGAUGAAUGAAAGUUUGUUCAAGAAUUCUACUUUAGUGCUCUGCCAGACUGUUAAAGGAGUUGCAGAUGCAGCACCGAUAAGAGAUAUUGGUUGGGAUGAGAGACUGCUUAUUCACAUAAGCUAUAGUCCAAGCAGGUGGACAUGUCGAAAUUGCUCUUUGUCUUCAAAUAUAACCUCAAGCAGCCUACGCCCAUGCGACUUCAAAAUGGGAAGAGUUUUUUCCACUCUUCAGAAGUUUAGAUGCAUUUACAGCUUUGAUAUAAGGUUUCCAAUAUUUCAUGAGAGCAUUUCAAAUCCCAAAAAAUUUGCUGGAAUUGUUCGUGAUGUAAUAUCAAGUCAUGCUGAAGAACUGAAGGGGGCAAAGGCUUUGAUUAAUGGGAAUUUGGUGAAUGUGGAUGAGCAAUGUUCAUUUGAUGGUGUCCAUGAAGUUGAAUUUUUUAUACCUUUCAUGCAGCAUACAUCUUUUCAAGCAUACAGUGAAGAGGAGGUUGUGGGUAUUUUGGUCUUUACUGGUUCAGUCUGUUCUUAUGCAUACUCUAAUUCCAAAGAAUCCAUUUCACAAGCUUUGGCUGAUUUAAAGGGGGAUAUCAUUUCAAGCCUACAUAGUAGAUUAGAUAUCAUCUGUGAUGAGGCUGAUGGACAAUUGGAUUCAGAUUCUGUUGCAGAUGUUGGUGGGGAGGUUUCAACUCAGACACCUAUUCCGCACCUUCAACUGCAGUCAUUAAGGAAAGGAUGCAGUCUUUGUUUCCCUCGAAGAGUUUUUGUCCCUUGGCUGGGUGACACGUAUAUAUGUGACUACCUACAGCCUUCUGAAACACUUGAGGGUGUUAAAGACCAUUGUGUUGAAUUGAUGUCUAUGGAAGCUCUAACCGACACAUCCAUGGUUUUGGAGCCAGAAGCAGAAUCAGCAACUUCCAUGAAAUUCUCCACCAAUUCCAAUUCCAAUUCAAAUUCCUUCUGGGAAACAGCAAUGCCAGUGUCCCCAGAAUUGAGAACAUUAUCCUUGAACAACAACAGUGGUGACAAAGGCUCAGUUUCUGGGAAACAGUUAGAAAAAUCCAGUAGUAAUGACAUGACAGGGCCAGGGUCAGGGUCAAAUGUUUUUUUUUUCUUCUUUUCUUGGUGUGAAUUAGUGUUAUUCUAUUGUGUCAUAAUAUGA